GUAAUUCAAGGCUGGCAGCACUAAUGUCACAUGACUUUUAACGUCAAUCUUGUGAAAAUUUUUAUUCCACAUAUAUUUCUUCUAAUAAGAAAUAGGGAGCAAAAACACUUUUAAUAUAUAAUUUUCGAAAGCAGCUGAUUUUUACUGAAAAAUUUAAAUAAAACGUCCUGGCAAAAUGAUUUCUUCUAAGCAAGCACAAAGGGAGCACGUAUUGGCUGUUUCCAGAGAUUUUAUUUCCCAGCCGAGACUAACUUAUAAAACAGUUUCUGGUGUAAAUGGUCCUCUUGUAAUAUUGGACGAAGUUAAAUUUCCAAAAUAUGCCGAAAUUGUUCAAUUAAAAUUAAGUGAUGGAACUAUUCGUUCUGGGCAAGUUUUGGAAGUAAGUGGCUCUAAAGCGGUUGUUCAAGUUUUUGAGGGUACUUCUGGUAUUGAUGCGAAAAAUACAGUGUGCGAAUUUACUGGAGAUAUUUUAAGAACACCUGUUUCUGAAGAUAUGUUAGGGCGUGUCUUCAACGGUUCUGGUAAACCAAUUGACAAAGGACCACCAAUUUUGGCAGAAGACUUUUUAGAUAUUCAAGGCCAACCAAUUAAUCCAUGGUCUCGUAUUUAUCCAGAGGAAAUGAUUCAAACCGGUAUAUCUGCUAUUGAUGUAAUGAAUUCAAUUGCCAGAGGGCAAAAAAUUCCCAUUUUUUCUGCUGCUGGUUUACCGCAUAAUGAAAUCGCUGCCCAAAUUUGUCGUCAAGCUGGUCUCGUAAAAUUACCUGGAAAAUCUGCAUUAGACGAUCAUGAAGAUAACUUUGCUAUUGUAUUUGCUGCUAUGGGUGUUAAUAUGGAAACUGCUAGGUUUUUCAAACAAGAUUUCGAAGAAAAUGGUUCUAUGGAGAAUGUUUGUCUAUUCUUAAAUUUAGCUAAUGAUCCAACAAUUGAACGUAUCAUUACUCCACGUUUAGCUUUAACAGCUGCAGAAUUUUUAGCUUAUCAAUGCGAAAAGCAUGUUUUAGUUAUUUUAACUGAUAUGUCAUCUUAUGCUGAAGCUUUGCGUGAAGUAUCAGCUGCAAGAGAAGAAGUACCCGGACGUCGUGGUUUUCCAGGUUAUAUGUACACAGAUUUGGCUACAAUUUACGAACGGGCAGGACGAGUAGAGGGCCGAAAUGGUUCAAUUACUCAAAUUCCAAUUUUAACUAUGCCAAACGAUGAUAUUACACAUCCAAUUCCAGAUUUAACUGGAUAUAUUACUGAAGGCCAAAUCUAUGUUGAUCGCCAACUACAUAACAGACAAAUCUAUCCUCCAGUUAAUGUGUUACCAUCAUUGUCCCGUUUAAUGAAAUCUGCUAUUGGAGAAGGAAUGACACGCAAAGAUCAUUCUGAUGUUUCAAAUCAAUUGUACGCUUGUUACGCUAUAGGAAAGGAUGUACAAGCCAUGAAAGCUGUUGUUGGUGAAGAAGCCUUAACUCCUGAUGAUUUACUAUAUUUGGAAUUCUUAUCUAAAUUUGAAAAGAACUUCAUUACUCAGGGUAACUAUGAAAAUCGCACAGUAUUUGAGUCAUUAGACAUCGGUUGGCAAUUGUUACGUAUUUUCCCUAAGGAAAUGUUGAAACGAAUUCCAGCAUCAAUUUUGGCCGAAUUCUAUCCUCGAGAUUCCCGCCAUUAAGCAUUAAACAAGAAGAUUGUAAUGUAAAUUUUAUUAUUAUGUGUUAUCCUAAGCCCAAUUCAAAAAUAAGAUACAUACAUUUUUUUUUUGAAGAUUGUGUAUUAAAAAUAAAAUUUUUGUGAAAAAUAUAAAAUUUAAAAAGAUAUUGUAUUACUUAAUUUGUUAAUAGACAAUAUGUGAAAGUUAUUUAAUAUAAUUAUAAAUACUUCUUAAAAUGU